AUGUCACAGGAUCAUAGAAAAUUAGAUUCUGAAAUUAUUAGCCACAGCAUCAGAGAACUUGUUAACAGCGACGCUUCACUGAAAGUCAAAGUUAUACAAGCCCACAUUGUUGAAAAAUACGGUUAUAGAAUCUCAUAUCGGAAAGCUUGGAUUGCAAAGAUCAAAGUUGUAGAAGCACUUUAUGGAAAUUGGGAGACGUCUUACAAUGACCUACCACAGUGGUUGUUGGUGCUGAAGACAUAUCUUCCUGGAACUGUUAUACAGUUGGAAACAUUGCCGAUUAUUACAGAUGACGGAACCCAGUUGGGUGACAAACGAAAAUUUCACCGACUUUUUUGGGCAUUUGAACCGUGUUUCCGUGGUUUUAGUUACUGUAAACCAAUCGUGCAAAUAGACGGAACCUGGUUGUACGGCAAGUACAAAGGGACUUUGUUAAUGGCUGUGGCACAAGAUGGAAAUGGUAACAUUUUUCCGAUAGCGUUUGCAUUGGUUGAAGGAGAGACAAAGGAUGGUUGGAGUUUCUUUCUCAAGAAUUUGAGAAUGCACGUGACCCCCCAGGCCAAUCUUUGUCUAAUAUCCGACCGACAUCCAUCAAUCAAGAGUGCUUACGAUGAUCCUGAAAAUGGGUGGCAGUUUCCUCCAUCUUCACAUGUUUACUGUAUCAGACAUAUUGCGCAAAACUUCAUGCGUGAGUUCAGAAACAAAGCACUACGAAAAACAGUUGUCAACAUGGGAUAUGCACUAACAGAGGCAACAUUUAACUACUACAGGGGCGAAUUACGAAGAACAGAUAGAGCAGCUUUGGAGUGGAUUGACAAUAUUCCCAGAGCGAAGUGGUCGAGGGCGUUUGACGGAGGACAGCGGUGGGGACACAUGACCAUAAAUUUAGCCGAAUCUAUGAACUCGGUACUUAAGGCUACCCGAAACCUUCCUAUUACAGCAUUGGUCAAGUCAACGUACUAUCGUCUGGGAUCGCUGUUUGGAAAACGAGGACACGAUUAA